CAAUCUUAUGAAAUCCAUUUCCAGCCAAUGAAAUUAGACAAAGUUGCCAGGUGUCAGUUCCAACAUGAGAUAAAAAAAAAACAAAAAGGAAAGCUGAAUGUUCAUUGUAGGCAUCAUCAAACCACACUUCUUCUAUCCCACUCCACCACCACCACCACCACCACCGCCGCCGCCGCCAUGCUGGCAGCUACGGUGGCAUGCAGCCCCUCCUCCGUCACCUUCUCUUGUUCACCAAAACCAAGUGCAGAAUUAGAGCAGCAGCAGCAGAGCAGCAACAACAAUCUUUUAACAUGCAGACCAAAAACCCCACUCCACACAAAUCCACUCUACCAAACAACCCUCCACGCAAAUCUCUCAUUCGAAUUCAAAGAGAAAAUCCUCUGCCUAGAAAUCAUGGGCGUCAAUUCGGGCCGGGCUUUGGCCCAAAACCCAUCUCUCCGCACAGUUUCUCUGCACUCGAUCCACGAAAUCGUCACCUUCCUCCAAUCAAAAGGCAUCCACCUCAAAGAUCUAGGCAGAAUCUUCGGCAUGUGCCCCGCAAUUUUAACCUCACGCAUCGAAUCCGACCUAGAUCCGGUUUUCGAUUUCCUCUCGUCGGAUCUCAAAGUACCCGAUCGGAAUUUCAGAAAGGCGGUCAACAAAUGCCCUAGGCUGCUGGUUUCCAGCGUCCGGGACCAACUGAAGCCGGCCCUCUUCUAUCUCCGCAGAUUAGGGUUUAGAGAUGUGCACGCGCUGGCUUAUCAAGAUCCGAUUUUGCUGGUUUCCAGCGUCGAGAAAACGCUGAUUCCGAAGCUGGAUUUCCUCGUCGGGUUGGGGUUUUCGAAAUCCGAUGCGGUGGCGAUGGUUCUCAGGUGUCCGGCGCUGUUCACUUUCAGUAUUGAGAAUAAUUUCAAGCCGAAAUUUGAAUAUUUCAGAGAGGAAAUUGAGGGGAAAUUGGAUGAAAUUAAGGAAUUCCCGCAGUAUUUUAGUUUCAGCUUGGAGAACAAGAUCAAACCGCGGCAUAUCGAGGUUGUACAGAGCGGAUUGAAUAUUCCGCUGCCAUUGAUGCUCAAGACCACCGACCACGAGUUCACGGAAUUAUUGUUGAUAAAGCAACACAUUUAAAUAUAAUAAUUAAUUAUUAUAUUAUUUAUUAUUAAUCUCUUAAUAUAAUUAUAAAUACCCCAU